AUGUGCUGCAGGCCUGUGGGUUGGUCGUCCUUUGUGGUGCUGGGAGUCCUGGCGAGGUUGUCGUUGGUGUUUGGUGGACUUUUGAAUGAUUCCACACCGGCUGCUACUACGGGAGCUCGGGAUGCGCGAUUUCUCGCGCUAGGUGACGCCAGUGAAGAGUUCAGCUUGUAUCCGACGUACUGGAGCUCCGCUGACUUCACCGGGGAGUCCACGGAUGGGUACGACACGACGGCAGAGGAUGAUGGAGAGUUUGUGCGGCUAGAGGAGGGUGGAUCGGAUUUAAACCCUGAUCCGUACGAGCUGGAUAGGCCGGGGCAGUAUGGAUUAGGCGCAGGAAGUUAUGGAAGUGACGGCAGAUACCAGGAACUAACCUCCGGUGACACUUCGCGCACUCCCUUAGACGAGGACAGCCCCUACUACCCACCGAUGGUGGCGGACCAGUCGCAAGACGAACCAGUAGUGAUGGCCCCCCCGCCGUCCGUAUCACGUGUUUCAGAGUUUGUCCGGGGUAUGCUGCAGCGUUUCGGGGUAUAUCAGUACAUCGAGGCGUACCAGAACAAGGGCACGACCAGUAGUAUCGAAAGUCCCGUUAGCACCACCGACAGUACCUCCACAGGGGGUCUAACCUCGCACAUCCAGCGCAUCAUUCCGCACCGAUUCCGGCCACACUUCGUCAACACGGACAAGGGUUUGCGCAAUAUUCCGGCACAAUUGAACGACGGUCAACUCCAGCUAGCUCCGGAGGAUGGAACUACUGGCACUACGACCACCGGGCAGCAGAACAACGGACAAUCGGGGAAGGGAACUGGUGCUGGAGCGGGUGGUAAGACCCCAGGAAGUACCAGCACGAUCGGUUCACUCUUCAGCAACUUCAAGCGCAAGCUCAAAGCCAUCUACCCGGGCACAGUUUGGUGUGGAGAUGGCAACCAGGCCAAGAGUGAAGAUGACAUCGGGUUCUUCUACCUCACUGACACCUGCUGCCGUGCGCAUGAUCUCUGUCCCAUCACGAUCGCGGCUGGUGAACAGUUUAACAGGCUGAAGAACAAUGGCUACUUCACACGAUCUCACUGUGACUGUGAUACACAAUUCUUCAACUGUCUCAAGAACGCCAACACGCUCGUUUCGCGCCAAAUCGGCUACACGUACUUCAACCUGCUGAAGCCCCAGUGCUUCCGGUUCGAGCAUCCUAAGCUAAACUGCACCAAAAGAAGUAAAGGCAAAUGCCAGACGUACGUGGUGGAUGAGAAGCAGAGCAAACAGUGGCAGUGGUUUGAUAAUCUCAUCUUUUAG